GUGUGUGUCCCUGCUGUGCUGCAAGUUCUGCCAACAAGUGCUAAGUUCAAGGGGCAUGAAAGCUGUACUCCUGGCCGACACGGAAACAGAUCUCUAUUCCACAGACAUCCCUCCCACCAGUACUGUUGACUUCAUUGGAAACUGCUAUUUCACAGAAAUCUGCAAAUGUAAACUGAAGAAUGUGGCCUGUUUGAAAUGCGGCAAUGUGGUAGGUUACCAUGUGAUUGCUCCAUGCAAACCUUGCUUGCUCUCCUGCAACAAUGGACACUUCUGGAUGUUUCACAGCCAGGCCGUCUUUGGAAUCAACCGACUGGAUUCCUCUGGUACAAACUUCUUGCUUUGGGGCAACUUGCCAGAUUUAGAAGAGAGUACAGAGGAAGACGUGUCCAGCAUUUCUGAAGAAGAAUAUAUCAGAUAAAUGUUAUCAGCAGCAUGCUCCACGGUGUGUUUCUCUUGCAUUUCCAAGAAGCAUAAUGUGCAAAUCCCAGCAAGGCAGAGCAAAGGGAAAAAGAAAACACUUCAAAGGGUAAUACCUGUUGACCUUAGACAGUCUGAUCUAGUAAGUAUCCUGCUGUAUGACAUGACUAGGAUGUGAAGGUUAAAAUACAGUCUUUUUUGUUCACUUUCUGAAAAGACACUCGCCAUCAGUAUGCAUAUCUGGCUUCUGCAAUCGCUUGCUACAGUCCCUUUCCUAAAGGACAGUGUUGUUAUAGACAAGAUCAAGAAGUGAGUGCCACAUCAUCAUCACUUAUGGUUGUUCUAAGAAAGGUCUGGUACCAACAUAGAGGAAAGCCCUGUGGCUUUUGAUGUGUGGCGUGUUAUCUCUUGGUCUGCAUGACCUCUUUUUUCCUGAACAGCUGGCUGGGCCAGGGGCUAUACAUGGCCUCCCUUCUGGGGCCACAAUUUAUGGAGCUGCACAGGGAGCUGGCAGUGAAAACUGACUGUGCUAUUGGCAGUGUUCCAGAACCCUAUGUUUGUAUAACAUAACAGAGGGUUUAUUGGGUAGCACUUAAACCUAAGUCUUUCUGCAUACGUCAUGCAAGGGUAGCACAGCAUGUUGAGUUCUGCUGAAAGGCUCACUUUCGAGGAAACCUACUGAAUCACUUUUUGCUGCCAGUGCACAUAUAGCCAGAAAGUGUGAGGACAACUGGCGUGCAUCCCCACUCUUAACAGAAAGGGAAGACGCAAAGAAAAUCAUAACAAAAGAACCAGAAACCCCUGGUUCUGGAUCUGCAAAAAUCCUCUUGGAUAUGUAAGUUCAAGAAACGAAGAGGCAAAGGAAGAAUAGUAUCCAAGAUGUAGCAUAUGUAACUAGGUUCACCUUUUUCUCCAGUUGUUCGUGAAAAGAGCUGGGCAGAGUGCAAUGCUGGAAGAGAAUGUAGUAAAUGCAAGACCCGGUUCAAUAAAAAAAUCCUUCUGGCUUCUUUGCUGCUGGCACAAGAGAAUUCCUUACGGAGCUGGUGGCACAGUGCCGUUUGGAAAGAAAGCCGCCAGG